AUGCCACAACUAAACCCAGGCCCAUGAUUCGCUAUUCUAAUUUUCUCGUGACUAGUUCUUCUUGUCAUUAUUCCCCCCAAAAUUCUCAAACACAAAACAUUCAAUGAGCCAACCACACAAACAACAGAGAAACAAAAACCUAACCCUUGAAACUGACCAUGAACUUAA